AUGUCAGCCGAAACACCAGUCACACUGAACAUUGACCCCCGGGAUCUGCAGGUCCAAACAUUCACUGUAGAGAAGCUACUGGAGCCGCUCAUAAUCCAGGUGACUACACUUGUAAAUUGUCCCCAGAAUCCUUCUAACAGGAAGAAAGGAUGUUCCAAACGAGCCAGAGUUCUUCUGGCUUCUGUGGAGGAAGCAACUUGGAACUUACUGGACAAGGGAGAGAAGAUCGCCCAGGAGGCCACUGUGUUAAAGGAAGAGCUCACCGCUACGCUGGGGGAAGUGCGCAAAGAAAGCGAAGCUCUGAAAGUAUCAGCCGAGAGAUUUGCAGAUGACCCCUGCUACCUCCCCAAGAGGGAGGCUGUGGUUCAAGCCGCCCGUGCCUUGCUGGCUGCCGUUACCAGACUCCUCAUCCUGGCAGACAUGAUCGAUGUCAUGUGCCUGCUGCAGCACGUGUCAGCUUUUCAGAGGACAUUUGAAUCUCUCAAAAACGUUUCCAACAAAUCGGACCUCCAGAAAACCUAUCAGAAGCUCGGGAAGGAGCUGGAAAACUUGGAUUAUUUAGCCUUCAAGCGCCAGCAGGACUUAAAGUCUCCAAAUCAGAGGGAUGAGAUAGCUGGCGCCCGGGCCUCAUUGAAGGAGAACUCCCCGCUCUUGCAUUCAAUCUGUUCAGCUUGUCUGGAACAUUCUGAUGUUGCUUCCCUCAAAGCCAGCAAGGACACAGUUUGUGAAGAAAUUCAGAACGCGCUCAAUGUGAUAUCCAAUGCUUCCCAAGGCAUCCAGAAGGAGCUGGCCCCUCUGGAACCUCAAGCAGCCACCCUGGGGAGUGCCCUCGAUGAGCUGGAGAAUUUAAUUGUCUUGGACCCACUGACAGUGACCGAGGAGGAAAUAAGACCAUCACUGGAGCAACGCCUUGAAGCCAUCAUCAGCGGGGCUGCUCUGCUGGCCGACUCUUCCUGCACCAGGGAUUUCCAUCGGGAGCGGAUCAUCGCGGAGUGCAACGCCAUUCGCCAGGCUCUGCAGGACCUGCUCUCCGAGUAUAUGAACAACACUGGAAAAAAGGAAAGAAGUAAUACCCUGAAUAUUGCAAUAGACAACAUGUGCAAGAAGACAAGAGACCUUCGAAGGCAGCUCCGAAAGGCUAUUAUAGAUCAUGUGUCAGACUCCUUUUUGGAUACGACAGUCCCACUUUUGGUUCUCAUCGAAGCUGCCAAGAAUGGUCGGGAAAAGGAAAUAAAGGAAUAUGCUGCGAUAUUUCGUGAACACACCAACAGGCUUGUAGAAGUGGCAAAUCUUGCUUGUUCCAUGUCAACAAAUGAAGAUGGAAUUAAAAUUGUCAAAAUUGCAGCCAACCACUUGGAAACUUUGUGUCCACAGGUUAUUAAUGCUGCACUUGCUUUGGCUGCAAGACCCAAAAGCCAAGUGGUAAAAAAAACCAUGGACAUGUACAAGAGCACAUGGGAGAAUCACAUCCAUGUCCUCACAGAAGCUGUAGAUGACAUUACAAGCAUUGAUGACUUCCUUGCCGUAUCUGAGAGCCACAUCUUAGAAGAUGUCAACAAAUGUAUCAUAGCCCUGAGAGACCAGGAUGCUGACAAUUUAGACCGAGCUGCCGGUGCUAUCAGAGGGCGGGCAGCAAGAGUGGCUCACAUUGUCUCUGGGGAAAUGGACAGUUAUGAGCCAGGCGCUUAUACCGAAGGUGUGAUGAGAAACGUUAACUUCCUGACAAAUACUGCAAUUCCCGAGUUUGUAACACAAGUGAAUGUUGCUUUGGAAGCUCUAAAUAAGAACUCUUUGGAUGUGUUUGAUGAUAAUCAAUUUGUGGACAUCUCAAAGAAGAUCUAUGAUACAAUUCAUGAUAUCAGAUGUUCAGUCAUGAUGAUUCGGACCCCAGAGGAGCUAGAGGAUGUUUCUGACCUGGAAGAGGAUCACGAGGUCCGCAGUCACACCAGCCUUCAAACCGAAGGAAAAACUGAUCGGGCUAAGAUGACUCAACUGCCUGAGGCAGAGAAAGAAAAGAUUGCUGAGCAAGUUGCUGAUUUCAAGAAAGUAAAGAGUAAGCUGGAUGCUGAGAUUGAAAUAUGGGAUGAUACAAGCAAUGAUAUUAUUGUUCUGGCCAAGAAGAUGUGUAUGAUCAUGAUGGAGAUGACAGACUUCACUAGGGGCAAAGGACCACUAAAGCACACGACUGAUGUGAUCUAUGCAGCUAAAAUGAUAUCAGAAUCGGGAUCAAGGAUGGAUGUCCUCGCUCGACAGAUCGCUAACCAGUGUCCAGAUCUGUCAUGCAAACAGGACUUGCUGGCUUACCUAGAGCAGAUUAAAUUCUACUCUCACCAACUGAAAAUCUGCAGCCAAGUUAAAGCUGAGAUCCAGAGCCUGGGGGGAGAGCUCAUCAUGUCAGCUCUGGACAGCGUCACCUCCCUAAUCCAAGCAGCCAAAAACCUAAUGAAUGCUGUAGUGCAAACAGUGAAAAUGUCUUACAUCGCCUCAACCAAGAUCAUCCGGAUUCAGAGUCCUACCGGGCCCCGGCACCCGGUGGUGAUGUGGAGAAUGAAGGCUCCUGCAAAAAAGCCCUUGAUUAAAAGAGAGAAGCCAGAAGAAACGUGUGCCGCUGUCAGACGAGGCUCCGCAAAGAAAAAAAUCCACCCAGUGCAGGUCAUGAGUGAAUUUAGAGGAAGACAGGUCUACUGA